GACUAAAGAGGGGCAAAAAGCCAAUCUCAAGCUAACCUAAGAUAAACCCUAUAUACAACCAACCUCCUCGCUCGAGUCAUUCUUUCUUUCUUUCUCAAUCAAACCAAACAAACCCUAGAACAUUCGAAAGGUGAAAUUAGGAUGGCGGGAACGUCAGUGGUGCCGGCGAACAGGGGACGACGGAACACGAUGGUGGACGACGAGAAGCUGGUGUUCGAAACAUCUAAAGGAGUGGAGCCAAUCAUGACCUUUGACCAGAUGGGAAUCAAAGACGAUCUUCUUCGCGGUAUUUACCAGCACGGAUUCGAGAAACCCUCUGCAAUUCAACAGCGAGCUGUUCGCCCAAUUAUUGAAGGCCGUGACGUCAUCGCUCAGGCCCAAUCUGGUACCGGAAAAACCUCCAUGAUUGCCUUAACCGUUUGCCAGAUUGUUGACACCUCUUCCAGAGAGGUCCAAGCUUUGAUUUUAUCACCUACAAGAGAGCUUGCAGCGCAAACAGAGAAACAAAUACUGGCUAUUGGUGAUUUCAUCAGUAUACAAGCCCAUGCAUGCAUUGGUGGAAAAAGUGUCGGGGAGGACAUUAGAAAGUUAGAAAAUGGAGUUCAUGUUGUUUCUGGAACACCUGGCAGAGUCUGUGACAUGAUCAAGAGAAGAACAUUGAGAACUAGAGCCAUUAAAUUGCUAAUUCUUGAUGAAUCUGAUGAAAUGUUGAGCCGAGGCUUUAAGGAUCAGAUUUAUGAUGUUUAUCGAUACCUUCCACCAGAGCUUCAGGUUUGUUUGGUGUCUGCUACCCUUCCUAAUGAAAUAUUGGAGAUGACCAGCAAAUUCAUGACUGAUCCUGUUCGAAUCCUUGUAAAACGUGAUGAAUUGACUCUUGAGGGAAUAAAACAAUUCUUCGUUGCGGUAGAAAGAGAAAACUGGAAGUUUGAUACUCUGUGUGAUCUUUAUGAUACUCUUACAAUUACCCAGGCUGUAAUUUUCUGUAACACAAAGCGAAAGGUUGAUUGGUUAACUGAAAAGAUGCGUGAGAAUAACUUUACUGUAUCAGCAAUGCAUGGAGACAUGCCUCAGAAAGAGAGAGAUGCAAUUAUGGAAGAGUUUCGAUCUGGUGUUACUCGUGUGUUGAUUACCACAGAUGUGUGGGCCAGGGGAUUGGAUGUUCAACAGGUUUCUCUGGUCAUUAAUUAUGACCUCCCAAAUAAUCGAGAGCUUUAUAUUCAUCGUAUAGGUCGAUCUGGUCGUUUUGGACGAAAGGGUGUUGCUAUAAAUUUUGUGAAAACCGAUGAUAUCAAAAUUCUGAGAGAUAUAGAGCAGUACUACAGUACCCAGAUCGAUGAAAUGCCGAUGAACGUGGCGGAUUUGAUAUAAAUGCUGAAAGAAGUUUUGAAAAAAUGAAUGUGGAUUGAUUGAAUGACGAUUUGCUUUGCUGGUGGAACUGAAAAGAUUUGUAAUUUCAUGGUUUUUUGAGUAAUGAGUGAUGCUGCAAAACUUUGAAGUUGUUUGGAUUAUAAUUGUGGGAUUGGAGGAUAAUCUUGAAUUACUUCUUGUCGUUUGUAGGGUAGUUGUUUUUUAUAUAAUUAAAAUCCUAAGAUAUGAUGUGUUCACUUUGUUUUGUGAAUAUGGGAAUAUUUUAUUUUGAUUU